AUGCCUGAUUUCCUUCAGGCUCAGGCCGACUCCAACAUCCCCAGCUUCAAAGUCAAGGUCACUUCUGAAUGGACAAAAGCAUUCCCCAUUAUGGGCAUGGACGAUGAUACACUUUCGUCGGAGGCACGGCAGAAAAUUGCUGAACAAAUGCAGGCCCAGCACACAAAGGUGGUCCAGUGGUUUUACAACGCAAGCGACUCCCGCAAGCGAAAAACUAAACCGGGUGCUCAUAUCAAAAUCGAUCCCGGGAACUCCACGCGUGCUCCUCAGAAAAUCGAAAUCUUCGAAAAGCUCUGUGAUGGGGCUGCGAUCAUCCAGAAGGAAUUGAGCGAGGAAAUCGCGCAGCUAUCUGCCAAUGGCGAAGUUAUUGAUAACAGAGUACGGAUGGAGAAGCGUAAUGCCAUUCGAAAGGCCGCAUUGGCUAAUGCUGACGACAGUACGCGAGCCAAAGUCGAUCUCUUGUACAAUGAGCAGAUACUGGAACACCGAUCCAAGAAAAAGCAGAAGUCUUCCACUGAUGCCACUUCUCUUGAGCCUCUGCAUGGUAAGGCCCGUGCAAAGUUUCUCAAGAAUAUUCCGACUGCAUGUCAAGAGUUCGGCGACACUAUAUCUUCUUUAGGAAGUGCAACGACACUUACACUUGUCAGUGCACGCUGCCCACAGAAUAAUGGUCAUGUCUGUACAUGGGGACACGUCGUUGGUAAGAACAUGGCUGGUUUGAACUUCUCACAAGCGUAUGCGGGAUAUCAUCAGCAUGUAGUCCAGGCUUUUGCUCAGUUUGCAGCCGAUAUACUUCCUCCCAUACCGGCUGCAGAUCUCAUCAAGAAAGACAAAAAUGACUCUGUGCAGGACGUAGAUGGUGACUGCUCAAUGACUGCGGAAUCUUCAAGCGCUCCCACUACACCCACAACCGUUAACUCUUCUGACGUGGCGCUGUCAAAACCUCCAGGCGAGGCUGCUUUGACUGCACUGCCACCUUCAUCGGGCUCUCAUGACAAAAUUGCACUACCAUCCCGCUCAUCUGACUCGCCUUCAAUGCCUAGAGUUGUAGACCCUUUGACUGCACUUUCCAGCUUAUCUCACGAGGCGUCAAUAUGUGGAGCCGAAAUCGCUUCAGCUCGGUUACCUUCUAACUCUUCUGGCUCGGCAUCAACGACAAUAACCGAAGGGGCUGGUCUCAUGGGUACAGGUGGUUUACCAGGCGUUCAGUCACAGGCUAUCGUCAAUACUAGUGUUACCGGAGAGUAUCCAGGGGUGGUGUCAGCUUUUGGAGCUCAAAACUUCCCUGCAUCUACAUCAUUACCGAUGUCUCCUUCAUCCCUCUCAUCUCAGAGUCAGUUCGGCAGUCAAUAUGCCCUCACCAAUGAUUUCUCUGCAUUCGCACCAAACACGUAUGGUCUUCCAUCCAGCGCACUUGACGACCAGCUCCUCUGGGCUGACGGUACUUUGAACAGUCUGAAUCAUAAUAUGAUGAAUCUUUUCAUGGACGCUGAUUUGGGACCAAAUAUGAUGCUCUUCAACGAUAACGCAUCUUGGAAUACCAAUCUCUUCUCCGGAAUCAAUAUAGCGGGACUUGCUCCCGGAAGUCCUGGGCUUCUUUCUCUUCCCUCGUUGUUGCAACAAUCUGAUUCUACUAUCAGCUCCUUCCGUGGGUCCUCUCUUGAAGGGUCGCUACCUAUUUCAUCCAGCUCCUCUGUGCAAAGCCUCUCUCCAGUACCUGACUCCUCCAUAGGUAUUUCCUUGCCAGAGUUGAGUAUCGAAGGCACCUCUACUUCCAUUGCUCGCGUUACAGGUCCAGCACCUAAUCUCACCUAUGAAAACCCUUUGGGUGCAACUCCUGCUGCCAUAGCUCCCUCAUCGGAUCCAAGAUCCUCCAUCAGAAAGGCUGGCACAAAAUCCGCCGCUGCAAUUGAUCCAGCAGCAAAACCGAGGUCCUCCAUCGCAAGUACAGUGGUAUCGAGCACGGGCAAUCUGAAUACCUCUCUCGAGGACUCAACUGCGAAUAUCAUGGAUUUUUCUCUAGCAGCACUUGAAUCGUUCCAGCCAUCCGCGGAUGCCUCUACAAUGCUUCCACCUGAAUUCACGUUCGAGCAGAUGACGGCUGGCUACCAGGGUAUUCUUGACACUGGUCUGUCAUCCUCUGUGCGUCCUGUUUCAAAGGUACUUUCACCUGUCGUUCCCCCAGCUGUCAUUACCCCGCCUGCCGUUACCCCGCCUGCCGUCACCCCGCCUGCUGUUACCUCGCCUACUGUUCCCCCACCCGCUACACCUUCUGCUCCCCCACUUGCUGAGCCAAAAAAGAAGCGGGGUGGUCAGAAAGGAAAAAAGGCUAAAGCUCAGAACACCGUGACAAAGCAAAAGAUUGCACCGGAAAAUGUGAGGAUUGAUGCCACAUUAGAAGACACCAUAGGUCCAGAUGAGAGGACUCAGAAACGGUCGAGAUCUUUUUCUAAGAGUGAAGACAUCGAUGUGUUAAACAAACGUUUGAAGUCGGACUCAGUACAGCCGCAAGUUGAUCAGUGUUCUACAGCUACCAGUGCUUCAGCAGGAGUUACAACAACUCAUAGUGGGCGGACUACAGUUGCGCCCCGGCGCUAUGUCGAAGAGUAG